UUCGAAUUUGUCGAAUAAUUCAUCAAAUAUAAACAGCAAAAUCUUCAGUCCAAAAAAAUUAAUUUAACCAAGUUUUUACAGAUUUUGAAGACAUAAAACAGUGAAUUACAUUCAUUUAAUCUCAACUCCUUUUAAAUAAUCAUUAAGUACUGUCAAUAUGGAUUGUUUACCACUCAAGAAUAUUGCAAAGAUGCCAGAGAGCCUUGACAUCCAGUCAGGAAGUAUGGGUCCAAAUGAUAAGGAUGUUAUGGCUCAAUUGAAUGUUGCACAUCCACUUCAAAUUUCCGAACUUAAGUAUCCAGAACAACAAUUGAGCUUGAGCAGUCAAAUGAUUAGAAAUCAUCAUGGAAUUGGAGCACAACUUAAAUUCAUGAUGGAAUUAAAUGCUACAAGCAAAGUCGGUCGAAUGCCGUUCCUCCCAUCCAGUAAUGCAUCAAGAGAUGCUUUAUUAGGACUAGAUGAAAUGAUUACACCAUUUGAUAUCUAUGGAAAUGCAGAGUUCUCUGAGAAAAUGUCACAGCCACAUGCAGUUAUGGAAAGAAAAUUGGGAAUGUUGUAAACAUUUUAUUGGUAUUAAGCUAAUUCAUUUAUAUUGGAUAUACUGAAGAAUAAUAAAUAUGAAGAAAAUGAAA